AUGCUUCGUGUCUUGCUGAUAUGCCUCCUGCCAGUGACCAGUGGAAAGAGCUGCCUCCGAUGCUGGCCAGAGCUGCCCACCCUGCUGGACUAUGACCUGCAGGUGCUCUGGGGCAGCCCAGGGCCACCUACAGAACUCUCACAAAGCCUACAUUCCUUUUUCCUGGAGGAUAGCGCCUUACUCAUGCCCUGGUAUCUUGCUCAAGACCAUUUGGAAGAGGAAACGGCUACUUUCUUCACCCAUGUAGACCAAGCCAUUAAGAAGCUGAGGGAUGAUAAGUCAGCACUUCUGCAAGAGAUCAAUGUUCAGAAGGGUCUUCUGUCCGAGAAGCUGAAAGAGAGGUCCCAGGAGCUAAAGCAGAGGGCCUGCAACGACUCCUGUGACCUCCUGUCCCCAGUGGAAGUCAAUGUAUGUGCUGACUGCCAGACGCACUUCCUGUCCUGCAAUGACCCCUCCUUCUGCAGAGGUCAUGCCACUCGGUCCUACAAAUGGCUUGUGAUCCUUAUCAGUAUCCUGAUGUUCCUGGCUGUGGCUGGCAUUGGUGGUUACUUUUUCUGGCUCCAAAAGAAGAAGGCUGUUGAGGGAAGAGACAGCCAGUUACCUCCCUCAGGAAGUGAGCAGCACCCAGAACAUCAAUCAGAACACAUGGUGUCUGACAGCUAA